UGCUACUAGUCUACCAAGCUCAGGCGUUGAUUCCAAUAUGCUUCGUCAAUGUAUUAUUGAAUCUCAAAAGUUCAAUUCCUAUCUCCAUUUUCCUAAACACAGCUGCAUCACCACUCUCAAAACCCCAACGCCGCAUAUCAGCUGUUUGGCAGUCCACAACACCUUCCUUUACGCAGCCUCAAUCAAUGAAAUCUAUGUCUUUGAUUUAUCUAACUAUACCCAUAUUGAUACAUUUACUACCAAUGACCCAUCUUCCGGCUUCAUCAAAUCCAUAGUAUUCCACAACGCUAAAAUCUUCACAGCCCAUCAGGACUGCAAGAUCAGAGUCUGGCAAAUCUCUCACUCCAAACACCAUCACCUUGUGUCCACUCUCCCUACUCUUAAAGACCGGUUUCGCCAUUUCGUGUUGCCGAGAAACUACGUUAGCGUUAGGCGUCACAAGAAGCGGCUUUGGAUCGAACACUGGGAUACAGUUUCUGGGUUAGCUGUGCAUGGAGGGUUAAUGUACUCAGUUUCUUGGGAUAAGAGUUUCAAGAUAUGGAAUGUUGAAAAUAAUCGGUGUUUAGAGUCAGUAUUAGCCCAUCAAGAUGCUGUUAAUGCAGUGGCCGUGUCCGAUAAUGGGACUGUUUACACAGGUUGUGCUGAUGGGUUAAUUAGGGUUUGGAAGAAGGUGGGCAAGGAGAGAAAGCACAGCUUGAUUACUACCUUAGACAAGCAUAAAUCAACACUGAAUGCACUUGCAUUGAACGGUGAUGGAUCAGUGCUAUUCUCCGGUGGCUGUGAUUCGAUCAUGGUGUGGGAAAGGAAGGAAGUAAAUGAAAAUGAACAUCAGAUGGUGUUUGCGGAGGCAUUGGGGGAUCAUGCGGGGGCAAUAUUAUGCAUGUUGACUGUAGAUGAUUUGCUGGUGAGUGGGUCAUCAGAUCGGACGGUGAGGAUUUGGCAAAAAGGGAAAAAGAAUGGGUAUAGUUGCGUGGUAGUUUUGGAGGGGCAUGAAAGGCCAGUUAAGUCGCUUGUGGCAGUUGCAGGAGAAGGUGGGUAUAAUAAUGGCAGUUCGUCCUUGUCGAUUUGUAGUGGAAGUCUUGAUGGGGAGAUCAAAGUAUGGGAGGUCUCAACUCAAACCUAAAGAGGGUAUCUGCAGAUCUAUAGGUCAUUAGUAUUAAUUGGUCUUACAUGUGGAGUUAGCUCAUAAUUAAUUACAAUUGAAUAGAAAACUAAAGAGAAAAUAUGCAAAAGAUUGUCACCUUGAUUACGUCUCAAUUAAUUAUAAGCAUCUUUUUCUAUGUAAA